GUUAUGUUAGGUAGUUAGCCUAGUAGCAAACUUAACGCUAGCUAGCUAUGUUAUGGACAACUAGCUAGCUUGCUAACGAUUGGUUGGCAGUUGCUAACCGCAUUAACCUAGUUAGCAAAACACAAUAAAAAGUUACAUCUAAAUAGCUAACGUUAGAUACAUCGCCAAAUACGAUUUAGGCGUUUGUUGUCAUUUAGCUAGCUAUCUAGCUAGCUCGUUAGCUAGCUAUGAAGUUGGCUGGCUAGCUUGGUCAGAUCAGUUGAAUGGUAAUUUUUAUAGCCCAUGUAUGUAUUAUAAAGACACGGGUAGUCGCAAAUUGGUGAAUUAUAUUUUUUUUUAGCAGCGAGUCUGAUUCCCGGGUGGGUUUGAAACAUAACUUACAGUAUUUAUCAAUAUUAAAUAAAUGACUAAUUGCUGCUGGUGACUGGUUGUACCGUAAAGUGACGUUGACUUUCCUUUUUUAAUUAAGUUGUUCUGUCAGAUAUCUAACAAUCGACUGUUUUCACUUUAGAGAUUGUCAUCAGGGCUUUUUGAUGUGUUUGUUUGUGUAGUUCAUUGGUGCAAAAUGGAUGUUAAGAUAGAGGACGAUGAAGCAGAGAGAUCCCAAGUAACCAUUUGGUCUGAUUCAAUUAAUGCCUGUAUAGAUUACCCACAUUCUCCAGUGUCAGGAAACACAGAAACAAGUUAUCUGGAAACCAAAACCGAAUCAACAUAUGAACAUGACUAUACAGUGAUCCAAACUACCAACAAUUUAUCAGACAGUUAUUUUCUUUCUGAGAUUGAUGUAAAACUUGAGGAGAAUGACAUGGGAAUAUCCCCAACUGUCCCAUGGUCUUCGUGUUCCUAUGUGGGUUUACCAAAAGAGCAUUCACAUGUACCUUCCAUCAGUUCCCAAACAACAAGUCAAGGGCAGAUUUUACGUCUUUUCCCUGAAAAGACAGGCCCAAGUGAUGGGGAGAAUAAUGCUGUCAAAGUGGUUUAUUUCUGUAAUGCCCAAGAUCCCGUUAGCACAUCUGAAGGGCAUUUUCUCAAAGAGGAGUCAUGGCAUGGAUCACCGUCCAGUGAUAUUCCCAUAGCAAAUGCAUUCACCCUCUGUGGUUCAUUUGAAGCUCAAAUCAACCCAUCUUCACAGGUGUUUAGCAUAAACCAAACCCAGACUAAUAAUGAAUUGCCAUUGCCUGCUGACAAUGUUCAUCUAGCAAGAUAUAGUACUGACACUCCUUCUGUGCUAACCUCACCUGCUACAGAAAGCGGCUGCAAUUUAGCUGUAUCUACUAGAUCGAGGCCUAUUCUUUCCGAUUGUGAGCCAUUCAACUUUCCUUCUGAUGAAGACGAAGACUACAAUGGCGAUGAAAGACGAAGACUGCAAUGCCAAAAAACGAUAGAUGAGUACAUACGGCAGUGUCGUGUCAGUUACUCAAGAAAAACCCCAAGACAGUUUGGAAAGUUUUGGAAAGCUCCAUACCCGAAGUGCAAAGAACUGGGUGUAGAUUUCAAUGUUGGAUCUGGAGCGAAACAGAAACUUGAUCGUCAUUUACUGACAAAUGGUGUAAUGGUUGAGGUGUCUCAAUAUGCUAGAGAGAUUAAUAGAGCUCAUCAGCAUGUUAUCUAUGAUAUUCUAGAAUACAACUUUGAUCUUGGUGUUGGUAAUGUACGAUAUGAAUUUUCCUCCCGGACUUUGUUAAAACUAAAAGAAAUGAAAAAGAAUACCAGGAGGACACAACCUGAGUGGUUAGCAGAAGUGUUUGAACUUCCUGAUCCAAAGAUACUCAAAGCAAGCAACUCCUCUCUUAAACGGGCACGAUCCAAUUUGCAUAGCAGCGUCUCAGAAAAUCGAACACCCUUUGACGUCUGUAUAAAGGAGAAGUCUGUUGUGGACUUCAUAUCUCCUCCGCAUGUGAAGACUGAAAGCCUCUUUACUGAGACAGUUUUAACACGGUGUGCGGAUGAGACUGCACUCCUUGGCCCUGAAAAGGGACCUAAUGAAAUAUGCACAAAGGAUGAGGCUGAUCUGGAUGUGAUCUAUCCUCAACAUGUCCAGACAGAAACCAUCUUCACUCAGACAGACAUAACAAUGAAGCAAUCCUUAAUGAUGCCCACACUAGAAGAAGCAUUGGAGUACCUCUACCCUCUCUGUAAGGAAAAAGGACUUGACCUGGAUGUGAAGUCUAAAUGUGUGAAAAUGGAUAAACUUGACUUGCAUCUAUUGACCAGAGAUGUCAUGUUAGAAUUGGGUGAUUUUGCCUCAGAUGUGUGUGGAACUUACAGGCAGGUUGUCUGUGAUGUUCUAGAACAAAAUUUUGAUCUGGAUUUACAAAGUGGGAAAACUGAGCUCGCUCAAGAUAUUAUGUAUAAGCUACACUCUUUGUUGAAAAUGACAGAUAUACAAAAGCGAAGGAGAUGUGGAUAUGACAAGGAUACUUUCAUGAAAAAACGACCCAAACAUAAGAAUCCCGCAGUGAUUUUCCGUAGACUGAAUUUCACUACAGCAUCACUUGUGCCGAAAUACCGAAGACUGAAAGAAAUAACAAAAAGGAAGAGGUUGGAUUUAAUGAGAAAAAAAAGAGAAAUGGACAUGUUAAUAGCCAGGGUGUCGAAGGGAGGCAAUUUGCUGGAAGUCAGACAAGUAGAACCUCAUUGGGUCAAGCUAGAGAGCAUAUCUGAUAAGAUUGACCUUGUACUUUGUGCUGAUGAAACAAAGCAAAAUGUUACCAACUUAGAACAUUCAAAUGUGACGUUUAACACUAAAGAACUGGUGAAAGACUGCUACCCACUCUGUCAUCAAAUAGGUCUGGGCCUUGAUGUUGCAUCCAAACCUGCAUUCACUCACUGUGGUUCAUUUGAAGCUCAAAUCAACCCAACUUCACAGGUGUUUAGCGUAAACCAAACCCAGACUAAUAAUGAAUUGCCAUUGCCUGCUGACAAUGUUCAUCUAGCAAGAUAUAGUACUGACACUCCUUCUGUGCUAACCUCACCUGCUACAGAAAGCAGCUGCAAUUUAGCUGUAUCUACUAGUUCGAGGCCUAUUCUUUCCGAUUAUUGUGAGCCAUUCAACUUUCCUUCUGAUGAAGACGAAGACUACAAUGGUGAUGAAAGACGAAGACUGCAAUGCCAAAAAACGAUAGAGGAUGAGUAUAUAAGGCAGUGUCGUGACCAUUACUCAAGAAAAACCCCAAGACAGUUUGGAAGGUUUUGGAAAGCUCCAUACCCGAAGUGCAAAGAACUGGGUGUAGACUUCAAUGUUGGAUCUGGAGCGAAACAGAAACUUGAUCGUCAUUUACUGACAAAUGGUGUAAUGGUUGAGGUGUCUCAAUAUGCUAAAGAGAUUAAUAGAGCUCACCAGCAUGUUAUCUCUGAUAUUCUAGAAUACAACUUUGAUCUUGGUAUUGGUGAUGAAGUACGAUAUGAUUUUUCCGCCCGGACUUUGUUAAAACUAAAAGACAUGAAAAAAAAUCACAGGAGGACACAACCUGAGUGGUUAGCAGAAGUGUUUGAACUUCCUGAUCCAAAGACAAUCAAAGCAAGAGACUCCUCUCUUAAAUGGGCAAGAUCCAAUUUGCAUAGCAGCCUCUCAGAAAAUCGAACACCCUUUGACGUCUGUAUAAAGGAGGAGUCUGUUGUGGACUUCAUAUCUCCUCCGCAUGUGAAGACUGAAAGCCUCUUUACUGAGACAGUUUUAACACGGUGUGCGGAUGAGACUGCACUCCUUGGCCCUGAAAAGGGACCUAAUGAAAUAUGCACAAAGGAUGAGGCUGAUCUGGAUGUGAUCUAUCCUCAACAUGUCCAGACAGAAACCACAAUAGAAGAAGCAUUGGAGUACCUCUACCCUCUCUGUAAAGAAAAAGGACUUGACCUGGAUGUGAAAUCUAAAUUUGUGAAAAAGGAUAAACUUGACUUGCAUCUAUUGACCAGAGAUGUCAUGUUAGAAUUGGCUGAUUUUGCCUCAGAUGUGUGUGGAACUUACAGGCAGGUUGUCUGUGAUGUUCUAGAACAAAAUUUUGAUCUGGAUUUACAAAGUGGGAAAACUGAGCUGGCUCAUGAGAUUAUGGAUGUGUUAGGAUCAGUUUUGAGGAGAAGGACACAGUUACAAGGUCAAAGGAGAUGUGAAUUUUACAAGGAUACUUUCAUGAAAAAACGUCGCAAACAAAGGAAUUCUGCAGAGAUUUCCAAUAACCAGAAGGCCACUACAGCAACACUUGAGCCGAAAUACCAAAGGCUGAAAGAAGUAACAAAAAGGAGGAGGUUGGCUUUAAUGAAGAAAAAAAAAGAAAUGGACAUGUUAAUAGCCAGGGCGUCGAAGGGAGGCAAUUUGCUGGAAGUCAAGCUAGAGAGCAUCUCUGAUCAAGAUUGACCUUGCACUUUGUGCUGAUGAAACGAAGCAAAAUGUUACCAACUUAGACCAAUCAUAUGUGAUGUUUAACACACAUGGGUGUAAGAGUGCUACCCGAUCUCUCAUGAAGUAGGUCUGGACAUUGAUGUUGCAUCCAAACCUGCACAAACGAAACUGGAAUUGAAUUUACUGACUAACAGUAUUGUUAUCGAGGUUCAUACAUACUUGCGUAAGAAUCGUUGAGGUAAGAUUGGAUUGGAAAAGAUGGGUGGGUAUUUUGUUUGCUCUCUGAUAUUCUAGAAUACAAUUCUGAUCAUAGUUUGCAAAAUCAGAGACGUUAUCAAUUUCUAUUAUGGAUUUUGAGUAAAGUGACGGUUCGGAAACACAAACCCAAGCUCUUGGGAAAGGGUGAAAUGUCGAAAGAAGUGUUCAUAAUACCAAGUGUGAUUUCAAAGCCGUGCAACAAAAAACAAACCCAGUGCUUUCAGAUAAUUUUCCUAAAAGAAUGUCAAAGAAAUCUCAGGGGAGAAAAAAAAAUGGAACAAGAUGCAAGACUGGUAUAUCCUAAUCAUGGCCAACACAAUCGCCACGAAGAGCAUUUACUCAAAGAUUGUUCAUGGACUGGCUCAACGCCCAUUGAUAUUCUGACAGGAAAUGUAUUCAGCCUCCCAGAAUUGUCACUACGCAUCUCCCAAAAUAUGGUACUGCCGUACCUUUUGUCCUAUCCUCAUCUGCUACAGCAAUCGGCUGUAAUGUAGAACUACCUACUAGUCCUCCUCUUCCAGCCAAUUGUAAAUCAUUUGAACUUUCCCUCUGAAGUCUACAAUGUCAAAUUCAGAGGAUGAGUAUGAACUCAGCAGAAAAAGAAACGUCCUCUCACUGUCGACUGCAUUUAUUUUCAGCAAACUUAACAUGUGUAAAUAUUUGUAUGAACAUAAGAUUCAACAACUGAGACAUAAACUGAACAAGUUCCACAGACAUCUGACUAACCGUAAUGGAAGAAUGUGUCCCUGAACAAGGGGGUCAAAAGUAAGUCAGUAUCUGGUGUGGCCACCAGCUGCAUUAAGUACUGCAGUAAAUCUCCUCACCAGAUUUGCCAAUUCUUGCUGUAAGAUACCCCACUCUUCCACCAAGGCACCUGCAAGUUUACAGACAUUUCUGAGGGGAUUGGCCCUAACCCUUAUCCUCUGCUCCUUCAGGUCCCAGACGUGCUCAAUGGGAUUGAGAUCCGGGCUCUUUGCUGGCCAUGGCUAAACACUGACAUUCAUGUGUUGCAGGAAAUCACGCACAGAACGAGCAGUAUGGCUGGUGGCAUUGUCAUGCAGGAGGGUCAUGUCAGGAUGAGCCCGCAGGAAGGGUACCACAUGAGGGAGGAGGAUGUCUGCCAUGUAACGCACAACUUUGAGAUUGCCUGCAAUGACAACAAACUCAGUCCGAUGAUGCUGUGACACACCGCCCCAGACCAUGACGGACCCUCCACCUCCAAAUCGAUCCCGCACUAGGGUACAGGCCUCAGUGUAAUGCUGAUUCCUUCGACGAUAAAUGCGAAUCUGGGGUUUGUGCUGGUGUGAAUCUGGGGUUUGUGCUUGUUGCUGGUGAUAUCUGUUGAGGACCUGCCUUACAACAGGCCUACAAGCCCUCAGUCCAGUCUCUCUGUCUGUUGCGGAUAGUUUGAGCUCUGAUGGAGGGAUUGUGUGUUCCUGGUGUAACUCGGGCAGUUGUUGUUGCCAUCCUGUACCUGUCCCGCAGGUGUAAUGUUCGGAUGUACCGAUCCUGUGCAGGUGUUGUUACACGUGGUCUGCCACUGUGAGGACGAUUAGCUGUCUGUCCUGUCUCCCUGUAGCGCUGUCUUAGGCGUCUCACAGUACGGACAUUACAAUUUAUUGCCCUGGCCACAUCUCCAGUCCUCAUGCCUUCUUGCAGAAUGCCUAAGGCACGUCCAUGCAGAUGAGCAGGGACCAUGGGCAUUUUCUUUUGGUGAUUUUCAGAGUCAGUAGAACGGUGUCUUUAGUGUCCUAAGUUUUUAUAACUGUGACCUUAAUUGCCUACAGUCUUUACGCUGUUAGUGUCUUAAUUACCGUUCCACAGCUGCAUGUUCGUUAAUUGUUUAUGGUUCAUUGUGCAAGCAUGGGAAACUGUGUUUAAGCCCUUUCCAAUGAAGAUCUGUGAAGUUAUUUGGAUUUUUACGAUUUAUCUUUGAAAGACAGGGUCCUGAAAAGGGGACAUUUUCUUUUUUCUUUUAAUUUGUCAGUGUCGUCAGUUGCUCAACCUUUCCCAAAAUGGGCUGGAAGAUAUUUGAAAGUGCCAAGAAAUAGGCUUAGAAUUAAUUGAAUGUCGGAACUGGAGCAAAAUAUAAUCUUGAUUUGCAUUUUUACUGACUAAUGCCGUAAUGGUUGAGGUUUCGGAUUUAAGUAAGUGGAUUAGUAGAGCUUGCCAACAUGUCUGAGAUAUUGUAGAGUACAACUUUGAUCUUCUUUUGCAAAAUGCGUAACGAUAUUACUUUAAAAAUGGACAGAAGCAAGAUGCAUUACAAGAGAAGAACCUGGGUGGUUAACAUAAUUGUUUGAACUUCCUGAUCCAAAGACGAUGAAAGCAGGACAAUACUCUCUUACAUGGGCAAAACGCUAUUUGCAUACAGUGCCUUCGGAAAGUUUUCAGACCCCUUGACUUUUUCCACAUUUUGUUAAGUUACAGCCUUUUUGUCAAAUUGAUUAAAUUAAACAAUGUCCUUAGCAAUCGGCGUUCAAAAGUGCUACCCACGCUGCAAGGAAAUGGGCCUGGACGUUGCAUCCAAACCUGCAAAAAACAAAACUCAAAUUUCAGUUACUGGUAAUGGUGUAAAUGUUUAAUAAUAGAAUGUAAAAAGGCUAAAGGAUAUGCGUCAUUUCUCUAUGAUAGUCCAGAAUACAUUUUUGAUCUUAAAGUGGAACUGAUAGCGUUUUAGCAAUAUGCAAUCUUAGAUCUGUUCAUAUACAUCCCAGGAAGAUUAUAUCUAUAUAUAUAUUUUUUUUAAUGUUUUCUGACACGUGAUCACUUUUAGAUAUGGUCAUUUUUAUAAAUUGAUUGAAUGUUUGAGAAUGAAGUAUAGUAAGGCACUUGUGAAAAUUCUAUAAGAAUAUUGUCAGAGGACAGACCCAGUUUUUAAAAUAAUUUUUAUUGAAUGUUCAACUCAAUCUGAUCUUGGACAGUUUUUUUUUUUUUUUUUAGUUUACCAGUGAUUUUGUGUGGCCUACCACUUCGCGGCUGAGCCGUUGUUGCUCCUAGAUGUUUCCACUUCAAAAUACCACUUACAGUUGACCGGAGCAGAAAUUUGACAAACUGACUUAUUGUAAAGGUGUCAUCCUAUGACGGUGCCAUGUUGAAAGUCACUGAGCUCUACAGUAAAGCCAUUCUACUGCCAAUGAUUGUCUAUGGAGAUUUUAUACACCUGUUAGCAACGGGUGUGACUGAAAUAGCCGAACCCAUUUAUUUGAAGGUCUCCAAAUACUUUUGUGUUAACGGUUAAGUCUUUGAAUAGUGGAUUUUGCAGAUUCCCUUGGCCUCCUGUUGGUUCACUUUUGUUCUUGCUGUGGUUUAUUUCUAGCCUUUUUUCUUUCAACGACAUGUUCAUUGACGAGCCUAACUUUUCUACCUUUGAAAGCCUCUGUGGAUUAACCUUCUGAUCUUUCUUUUUUGAUGUAAAUAAGGUCGAACAAUGAUAUUUUUUCUAAUUUAAGAGUUGGCCUAGGCAUUGGUAAAAACCUAUGGAUCAUGUUUUUCUUUUUGUAAGUUUGUUUUUCAGCCAUUUUUGGAGUGACUUAUCUGUGGGCUAGUUCUUUUUUUCUUUGAGGAGGAGAGAUUAAGAAAACACUGCUUCAAGACUUGCUUUGCAGUUACCCAUACUUUUCUUUUAUAAGGUCAACUAUGAAGUGAAAGUAUUUUUAAGGACACUUUCAUUGACAUUCUGUACCUCUGACACCUGUUGCAUCACAAGGUAUGCAAGUAAAUGUGUGACAGAUGCGCAUUGCAGCUUUUUCUACUGCUUGCCAUUCAAACUUUAAAACAUGCAAACCGGUCUGGAAUGGUGUGCUUGUAUACAGUGUUUUGAUACCAGUUAUUCUUGAGCCUGACGGAUAUGGGAUUUUUGUAUCCAAUUUUAGAGGGGAAAUAUUUACAGAUAAUUGAUAUUGGGCAUAUAUUUUUAUGAUUUUAGCUGGAAUGAAACAUUUAAAAAUUGUGAUUAAAAAGAUACUCAAAGAACAUUUAAUGUAAGCACCACAGAAAAAUUUGGAGCACCAGAAAGAUGCAGGAAAGAAAGUCAAUAAAAAAAUGUACUCUGAAAGGAAGAUAUACCGCCCUGAUUCCAGGAAACAACAUGAGCCUCUGAAGACUGAGCGGCCCCAUGCCCCAUGAGCCUCUGAAAACUGAGCGGCCCCAUGAGCCUCUGAAGACUGAGCGGCCCCAUGCCCCAUGAGCCUCUGAAGACUGAGCGGCCCCAUGAUGAGCCUCUCAAGACUGAGCGGCCCCAUGCCCCAUGAGCCUCUGAAGACUGAGCGGCCCCAUGCCAGAAUGAGCCUCUACCUGACAUUUUCUUUGUUGGACGUUUGUCACCUUUUUUAGACAAAUGAGUGAAUUGUCUUGUUUAUAUUUAAAUUUUUGUCAUUUUGACUCUUAUCCAAGUGCUUACAGUUUCGUGGAUGUUUUUGUGAUAUUAAUUUUUCUGAGCAGAUGUUAGUUUCAGCCAUUUUUGGAGGUAGAUUUAUUUAGUUUAUUUUUGCUUUUUUAUCUUGGGAGGAUUAACACAUUUUUUGAAGAAGUCUUCAUACUUCUCCCAUUUGUGGACUGCCUCAAAGGAGUUUCUUUCUGGCAUAUUUUGGAGUGUCUUUGGAACAAAGGGUGCUGCGUCUCUGUGUCAACCGGCUGAGCAUGCGCCCCAAAAGCAGAAUGGUCUUUCUGUCCUCUCUGCCAUGUUUGAUGGAACUCUACAGAAAUGAACGUGGUACCUGCAGGCGUUUGGAAAUUGCUCCCAAGGAUGAACCAGACUUGUGGAGACUACCAUGGUGGUUUCCAGCUUCAGCCAGACUGGGACAGACGGGGAAACAAGUGAACAGAUAUUCGCCAGGACAAUCACGGAAUGGUCACCAUGGAAACAUACCACCUGUACCAGUUCAGGACAUGAGAUCGCCACGUUGACCAUCUUUAAGACGAAACAGUCUCUGGGUAUCAGUAUCUCAGGUGGGAUGGAGAAUGAGAUGAUGUUUCCAGGAGGAGCUGCCUCUACCAGUGAUGUUCUGAUGCUUCUUUAGGAGCUCACUGUAAUAUUCUGUCAUGCUUUAAUCCAAGCUGAGCCAUAUAAUACAAGGCGUGGUAUGAGCUGGUUUCAGUGGACGGUGAGUCUCUGCAGCGUGUGACCCAUCAGCAUGCAGUGUUCAGCAACAAGGCCAAAGACCCCGUGGUGUUUGUCAAGAUCCUCACUGUCAGGCUUUACAUAAGUACUACACACAGUAUUUUUAUUGAACCUUUUAUUGAACUAGUUAAGUCAUUUUAAGGACAAAUUCUUAUUUACAAUGACGGUCUACACCGGCCAAACCCGGACGGCGCUGAGCCAAUUGUGCGCCGUCCUAUGGGGACUCGCAAUCACAACCAUAUGUGAUGCAUUCUGGAUUCGAACCAGAGACUGUAGUGAUGCCUCUUGCACUGAGAUGUAGUGCCUUAGACUGCUGCGCCACUCGAGAGCUCAGUACUGCUGGCCUGUCUACAAGAAUGCUCUGAGGUGCAGUUCACCCAUCCACUGCAAAUGGAAAUGGUGGUGUUCAAACCAGAACGCAUGUCGACUUAAAGAGGAUGAGGAUUCCCCUGACGCAGGUGGUUCGCUCCAGCUAGGCUGCAAUGGAAGGGAAUGGUCUAUUCCCAGAGGAGAGGAGCAUGGGUACCUUGGGACCAAUAAGCAUGGGUACCUAACCUGGGACCAAUAAGCAUGGGUACCUAACCUGGGACCUAUAAGUUUGCUUCUCUAGGGCAAGAAGGUUAAUGGUUGUUUGCAUAGCAAACAGGAAAUACUGCAAAAUUAAAAUGUUUUUUUUUACACA